ACACAGCGCUGCUGCACAGGAGGAGGAGACUUCGUAUUCCGAGCGCCCAUCACGCUAAGCAAACCUGGCGAGCUCCACGAGGAAUACCGAAGCCAGCUGCGGAAGCUGAGAGAUGAAAAGUUGCAGGAGGAGAGAACCCCAGAGGAUUUUAUCCACAAGCUGAUUUUUGAGGACGCCGAAGUGGGGAGGAGAAAAACAGAAGAUCCAAAGAAGGAGGAGCCUUCAGGAGUGAAGAUGACACAGGAGCAUGCUAGAAACUUGGGCUCCAGAGUAGAACGGAGCCAGAGUUGCAACGACACGCUUCGGGAGAGAUCGAAAAGCAGACAGAGAUCCGCUCCAGUCAGGACAAAGGUACACCCCCCGGCAAGCGUGUCCACCCCCGUGGCUGGCGUCCUCUCGUCCACCCAGAACAACCGCUGCCUCUCCGCCCCGGACCUGACAGCCGAGAAGCGGGCCGGCCUCGGCGGCGGCGCAGCCCCCCUCCCCGUGGCCCCCCCCAAGCCGGAGCGGUCCAUCAGCCCCGAGAGCAACGACAGCAUCUCGGAGGAGCUGAACCACUUCAAGCCCAUCGUCUGCUCGCCCUGCACGCCCCCGAAGCGGCUCCCCGACGGCCGGGUCCCGAGCCCCCUCAUCAUCAAGUCCACCCCGCGGAACCUGACCCGGAGCCUCCAGAAGCCCACCACCUACGAGGCGAGUCCCCGGAUCCUGCGGAAGUGGGAGCAGCUCUCCCAGGAGCGCCAGAUCAAGAGGACCCUCUCCAAAGCCACCCUGACCUCCUCGGCCCCGGACGCGGGGGAGGAUCCCCCGCCUCCAUCCGCCAAGGCGCCGGGUGCCGUCGAGGAGCCCCCGCGAGCGCCAAACGACUUCCUGGCCCCCGGCCGCCUCACGCGUGCCCAUGCCGGGUCAGAGGGCUCCCCUCCCCUCCGUAGAGCAAAGCUCGAGAGCUCCGGCAGCGUCGAGAGAGACUCGGAGGCGGUGGCCGGUGGCCCAGCUGGCGGAGCCGGCGAGUCCCUCUGCCACCCCAAAGCCUCCAAUCCGAACUCAGCCUCGCGUCUGGCCGGCUCCGGCCUCGGUGCCAAAACGGGAGCGCGGAAGGUGGCCAGAGUCCACACGGCCCGUCCGGAGAACGGCACGCUCGGGCCCCCCACCCGGGCGGCGGGGAAGAGGCAGCGGCGGCUCCAGUACCUGAACGGGAGCGAGUGGAGCCGCCUGCCCAACGGCGACUGCCGGGGCGAGGAACCUCCCUCCCUGUGGCGGGGGCGCAAGCGGCAGUGCAAGACCAAGCACUUGGAGCAGGGCUUUGCCGCCAAAAGACCGAGGAGGCGGGGGGGCCCGGCGGGGGCCGAGCCCCUCCGGAGGAGCCAGGCGGAGCAGAGGCGGCAGGAGGAGGAAGACCGUCGGCUGGCCCUGCAGCUCCAGUGGGUGUUCGACCGGGAGAACAGGAGGGGGGCCCGGCGGAGAGGCCGGGCGGACCAGUAUUUCCUGCGCUCGCAGAGCACCGCGGGCACCCCGUAGGGCCCUCACCCAAACGAUGCUGCCUUUUCUAGACGCGUGUGAGGUCUUGGCAGCGGGAGAAACCGCUGUCUGUCCCCCGUCUCCUGCCGCCAAAAGAUGUGUUUCUUUUGGGAGGUUAGAGGGGUCGUGCGGAAGCCUGGGUCUCUGCACCGGUCUGACUGUCUCCCCGAAGCUGCUUCUGAGCAUAGAAAUUGCACUCUGGCAAAAGGCCCUGGGUCCGAAGGCCACCUCGGGGCCCCCCCAAUGAUGCACAGAUGCGUAAACCAGCAUCCUGGGUUCCGCCAGGCCCGGUUGAUUGACGGGCACGACCCGCCGUUCCUUUGGAUCUUCCGUUCUCAUUUCAGAGGUCCCGUUGCCACGAGUGACACGUUCCUCAGCCUCAGGAGCAGCUCUCGUCAUCCCAGAGGGAGGCCGGCAGGUUGAACUGGGGGCUCUACAGGAAUGUAUUUCGAUAUGCAGUGUAUCGUGUCUGAAUGUGCCGUGCGGACGGCCACUGGACCCCGAACCCAAAUGAGUCGUGAUUUGUUGUAGAUCCGUGGUUGCCCGUCUCUUCUGCGCCGGGGGUAGAACACAGUGGGCCGUGCCAGGCCAGCGAUGCGGAAAUUCACGGCAGGCCAGUUCGGGCGAGGUAGAAUUGGAGGCCAGGAGAAAGCACAGUUUGGUGU